AUGGCGAUAACUGGUGAAGAUGUCACAUUGGAUGACAUUUUACCCAUCUCUAACGACUUUGCUGUUGUGGAUGGUAUGCAAAAUCAUGUUUAACUUAGGCUACCUAUAUCUAUGCUUCACAAUAUUAAUUAUAUUAAGUGGUUUUGGUCAAUAGUUAUUGAUUGGUUUUAACUUGAUUAUUAUAAUAUGCACAAUGGAGGUGGAGGCAUGGGCCUUAUAAUUCAUUGUAAUGAUAUGUUAUUCUUUCCUCAGUGUCCUCGGCAGAUGAAGUUUCUUUUGUGGGUGAGUUUUAUUUUUUCCCUGGGUCAAUUUCCUCCUGGUAUGUUCAUAGGGCCAAGUUAUUAAAUGUCUAUUACAUGAUAUUUCUAUAGGUGCAGACACUAGAGUGAGGCUGAACUUCCAGGAUGGGGAGCUGGAGGUGAGGCUCCCCUUUGGCUCCCACUCUCGCCUUUUCCUCAGUGAGGUCAACAGAGCCUGGAGUGGUAAGACUUGGCCUACUUCUCCAUAAAUGUAUCACAAGUGUUGCAUCCCAAUUAUUUCUCCUAAAGUGUACACCUGGUCACUACUUACCACAAAUCUAUAAGCAUUGGAUCGGUGGAGGCAUAGGUAAGAAGGAGUUUCCACAAUAUUUCUUAAAUCAGUAAUUUCCUUUCACAUCAGUGAGGGGAAGUGAACAAGUGCACACUUUGGAAGGAAGGAUAGAUAAUUGAGAGAAGAGUCCCCUAAGCAAGCUGGUCCUGGGGCUCUGUUCACAAACACAAACAGACACCACAGAGUCCCAGGACAACAACACAAUUAGACCCAACCAAAUCAUAAGAAAACAAAAAGAGAAUUACUUGACACAUUGGAAAGAAUUAACAAAAAAACAGAGCAAGCUAGAAUGCUAUUUGGCCCUAAACAGAGUACACAGUGGCAGAAUACCUGACCACUGUGACUGACCCAAACUUUAGUAAAGCUUUGACUAUGUACAGACUCAUUGAGCAUAACCUUGCUAUUGAGAAAGGCCGCCGUAGGCAGACCUGGCUCUCAAGAGAAGACGGGCUAUGUGCACACUGCCCACAAAAUGAGGUGGAAACUGAGCUGCACUUCCUAACCUCCUGCCAAAUGUAUGACCAUUUUAGAGACACAUAUUUCCCUCAGAUUACACAGAUCCACAAAGAAUUUGAAAACAAACCCAAUUUUGAUAAAUUCCCUUAUCUACUGGGUGAAAUAUGACAGUGUGCCAUCACAGCAGCAAGAUUUGUGACCUGUUGCCACAAGAAAAGGGCAACCAGUGAAGAACAAACAAUGUAAAUACGACCCAUAUUUAUGUUUAUUUAUUUUCCCAUUUGCACUUUAACUAUUUGCACAUUGUUACAACACUGUAUAUAGACAUAAUAUGACAUUUGAAAUGUCUUUAUCUUUUGGAACUUCUGAGUGUAAUGUUUACUGUUAAUUUUUAUUGUUUAAUUCACUUUUGUUUACUAUCUACUUCACUUGCUUUGGCAAUGUUAACAAACGUUUCCCAUGCCAAUAAAGCCCUUAAAUUGAAUUGAAUUGUGAGAGAGAGAGAGAGAGAGAGAGAGAGAGAGAGAGAGAGGAGAGGAGAGAGAGAGAGAGAGAAGGAGGAGGAGGAGAGAGAGAGAGAGGAGAGAGAGAGAGAGUGAGAGAGAGAGAGAGAGAGAUGGCAUCAGAGAAAGAGCGAGAGAGUGAAAGAAGGAAAAGAGACUGGGGAGGGACAUAGUUUUAGUGUCAUGUGCUCUUCCUGAGUAGUAUAUGUCUGUUGCUUCACUAAGCAUUUGUAACUAUGUGAGUGUAGAAUAAAUAUAAUAUUUCCUUCCCAUUGAAUUAUAUAUUUGAAUUCGGCUUUUACGUGUUUUUUUUCCUGCUCAUCUCAAUCGGGACAGAGUCUACUUUGCUAUGGAUGAGUCAUUUUUGGCAUUAGCUCACUACUUUACACAAUGGAGCUCUUACAUCUAAGAUAGAGGACUAAAGCGUUGUUUUAAAAAGGGCCACACUCACUUUUACUCUGUGAGAGGAAACAGUGAUGGAAAGUUUUGCUAACCUGGCAGCAAUUGUUGUGAACAGGAAGAAUGUGAGAAACUCACAAGGUGAGCAGAAAAGUUACAUCUUUGUACAAGUGUGUGGUCUUAUUGAAAGUACAAUAGCAGCAUGAGUGAUUUUGGUGUGGUAAUAUUCUCAGGGUAGCUCAAAUGUACGUGUAAGAGGAAGUGUGUGUGUGUGUGUGUGUGUGUGUGUGUGUGAACCACAUGAAACAGGGAACAUAACUGAAUACCUUUUUCAGCCACACAGCAACAAAAGAUUUUGAUUCAACAUACAAUUGUAAGGCAAACAACUCGUGAGAACGUGAAGUAACCUGCCCCUGAAUCACUUUCUACUUUGAGUACCUAUUUGAACGAAGCAAAUGUUGUGGGUCAUUUUCAGUUGACUGUAUUAUUGAUAAUUAUCCUCAGUGUGUGUUCUGUGAAUCACUGCUGAGGAUUUCUUGGAAUUGUUUCCUUAUCAUUGAUGCUCUUCUAGUUUCUCCACUUCUGUGGAGCAAUGGAGCAACACAUGUAAACCAUUUGAAUAACAAAGUGUGUUUAUAUACAAAUGAAAUGGCAUAUUUUGGGAUUUGUGUAAGUGCCUUUUUCAUGGUUCCCUUUAUCCUCCUUCAGAUGUUUGCAAGUCUCCCAAGGAAGCGCCAAAGUUUGAGUGGCUCCACAAGUACCGCAAAGCCUCCAAAGGUCAAGGUGGCGUCAAACAGACCCUUGCACCCUUGGGAACGACACACACCAAGAUCAGCCAGCAUAAGAAAACAAGUAAGCCAGCAGUCCUCUUCGUGUCCCUCUCAGUCAGUACCCUCCCUGAACUUAUACCCUUAUCACACAGAGCCCUUUGUGUGGUAAUAUCUAGCAAGUUUGUGUUGCUGUCAGCCGAAUGAAAUUGCAGGCAACACUAAGAAAGCACAGGAUUGAUAAUUAACCACGAUUCUUGGAUCAUGAUAACUGUAUCUGAGGUGCCCUCCAAAGUAACAUCACAAAGCUCUGUCAUUCCUUAUGGUUGUGUGACAUGUCUGUUGUUGAUGUUAGUUGGUCUUAUUAAACUUUGGGGAGAGUGACAACAUUAUCUUCCAUGUUGGCUUUAAAUCUAGAAGACUAUUUCACAAUGGAUCUAUCUUCAUACUGUGAGCAAACUAUCUCACUGGUGUGUCUGUCAGUGACAACAAAUGUUACAGGAAGCUAUUUGCUCUGGCACUCCCAUUGAUACGCAAAGUGCCCAAACCUGUACAUCUAGAUGCUAUUUGCAAUGUUUAUUUCGUUGUUGUUGUUGUUGUUGUUGUUGUUGUUGUUAUAUCUCGUUAGAUUUUCUCCUGCCACUGAAAUAUCAUUUUCAUUAUUUCAUGCAAGGCCUACCCAUAUGCAAUUUCUUUAUGCAUGUAACUAAUUUCACAUUAGUAAAAAUAUAAAAAAGUUUACAUGGGAAUAAUUGUAAGACUACAUUUGGCCGACAUAAACGCUUUAUAGUUGUGUGAAACUUUUUACUGAAGCUUUAUUUAAUUUGCCACUUACCAGAGACCGUCCAAUGGUUGAUUAGUUUGGUCUGUGGCACUGUCGUCACUUGCGGGAGUGCGCGUGAAAGAAUGUAUUCUCAACAUUCCUUGCACGAACAGGUCCUUGGACGUUGCACUGCACAUAAUGCGUGGAAGCACUACUGAGAGAUGUCUAGAGUGAUUAAAGACACUGGUAUGGGGAAAUGUUUAUGAUUUUCUGUUGUAUUUAGAUGGUCUAUUUGCUAGCGCAGUCUGAAACUUAAGUAACUUUUUUCUAUGCAGCAGUAUUUGUUCACAUUAGCUAGCUUAGCUAAGAAGCGAACUUCUGCUAGUUUUUGUUACUAGCUCUACUUUCUGCUUGCUAGCUAAAUAUAGACCAUUUACUUGUCCUUCCUAGAUUCAAGCUAAAACGUUGACAAAAUGAUAUGUAGCUAGCUAUCUAGCCAGCUUAUUAGUUGAAGUAACUAUAUACUUUAUUGCAUAUUUUGAGCAGAGUUGUGGUUUGGAACGAGCGCGCUAGCUAGGUAAUUAGCUAACUAGCCAUGUUUAUCAUGUCAAUAUUAUGGCUUUGUAAAGGUUCGCCAUCUAUAUUUGUAAGCUAACUAAGCUAGGCCAUAUGCUGUAGGUUUGCGACAGUAUAUCUGUCAUUGUGUCCUGAUUUGGGUCUGGUAAUGCACCAUGCAAACCUAACGUUCAGCAACUUUGGGAUUUUCACUCAUAGCUAGCUAGGUGUUUUAGCUAUCUCAGUAUAUGUCAACUGAACGUGUAAAGCUAGACAGGCAAUUAGUAGCCUCUUGGACAUUUUCUAUUAGAAAUGGAUGCACACUGUAGUUUGUGAUUGUCUUGGGUUCUCUUUAUUUUUGUAUCUUGGAAAGUGUCCAUACUAGUAGACUGCAGAUAAGAACGUAUAUGUCUCUGCCCAUUUUAUUACUCCUAAAUACAAAGGGUUAUUUUAUGCAAUGCUGAACUUUGUGAUGAGAACUGACUUUUGUGCCCCCACACUGUAGUAUGCUACAGCUGACUCACACUUUGGUUGACUCACACUUUUCCGUAUUGAACCAAGACAGGGCAGCCUUUCAUGUUUCUGUAUUUUUAGACUGCAAUUAGUGAUGUUUGCAAGACUGAAUGGUGUUUAAUAAUGUUUACAUAUCUUGCACUACUCAUCUCAUAUGUAUAUACUGCAUUUUAUUCUAUAAUAUUCUACUGUAUGUUAGUCCAUGCCUAUUUUCUUAAAUUCCAUUCCUUACUAGUUUUGUGUGUAUUAGGUAUAUGUUGUGAAAUUGUUAGAUAUUACUUGUUAGAUAUAAUAUAAUAAUAAUAAUAUGCCAUUUAGCAGACGCUUUUAUCCAAAGCGACUUAGUCAUAUUACUGCACUGUCGGAGCUAGAAGCACAAGCAUUUCGCUACACCCGCUAUAACAUCUGCUAAACCUCCCGACUGGCGCAGUGGCCGCGCCCCAUGGGUCUCCCGGCCGCGACCGGGAGACCCAUGGGGCGGCGCACAAUUGGCCCAGCGUCGUCCAGGGUAGGGGAGGGAAUGGCCGGCAGGGAUGUAGCUCAGUUGGUAGAGCAUGGCGUUUGCAAUGCCAGGGUUGUGGGUUCGUUUCCCACGGGGGCCAGUAUGAAAAAAAAAAAGAAUGGAUGGAUGCAUUCACUAACUGUAAAUCGCUCUGGAUAAGAGCGUCUGCUAAAUGACUUAAAUGUAAACACGUGUAUGUGACAAAAGAGGAGCUUGCUGUACAGAAUGGAUAGUGGAGGCAUGCUGUCAAUAGUUCCAACCAUUGGAUUGGUCUCUCCACUUACAUUUUUGUAUCAUGAUUCAUGUGUGGUAUAUGUAUGCAGAAGUCUGAAAGCUAUCCAUUCAAUUCUCAUAGGGUUUGAUCAUUACAUUUUACAUUUUAGUCAUUUAGCAGAUGCUCUUAUCCAGAGCGACUUACAGUUACUGAGUACAUGCACUGUAACUUUGCAAUUACAGUGGAUUGUUUGUUGGUGUAGUAUUUAACAGGUUUAAAGAGCCAUACCAUGACCGCAGGAAUGUAAAACAUGUAGCGCAUUACCAUAAGUGCUGCUAAUAAGACACUUUAUAGGCUAGCCCACCUUCCCUUCUCUGUGGACAGAAGGAGGGUAAAAUGCAGUAAAUCAUUGUUCUGAAAUAGGCCAAUGUAGGCCUAGAUGUUUACUUUCAAAAUUAGGUUAGGUCAGGGACUGGGAAGCUCCCUUGGGAGUUGGGAUCUUGUAGUGUAUUAUUUAGGACUUAGGUGAAAUGCAGUAAGUAAUCCUUCGGAAAUAGCUGAGAUCCAAUGUAGUCCUAGGUCUACAUGUUGACUUUCAACAUGAGCCUGGCUUGGGGACUGGGAAGCUCCCUAGGGAGUUGGGAACUAGGGAUCUUCUGCGUUGGGGCUUACUCCUCCUCCUCCACAUUGGCCUCUCACAGCUCUCUGGGAGUUUCCAUCUGAUCUCACAGGGCCCAGUUUGUUUCCAUUUCCUGUGUUCCAAUAGCACGCGCGCACACACACACACACACACACACAACACACACAAUCGUACUCCCAUCAGAAUCCAAUGGAAAUUUGUGCCGCAGCCCCACUACACUGUAAUGAUACUGCCAUUUUGUUUACUCAAAAUAGCACACUGGUCCUCCCAAUGCCCCUGUUUUGUACACCUGUAUGCCUAAAGACAGCAUACAAUAGCCUAGACUUCACCCUCUCAAUCUUGGUUAGCCUUUAAAACAAUAUAUUCCAUUCUUUAUGCAGGCUUUAUCAGGAAUUGUAUCUGUGGUGAACUAUUAUACAUUUUUUUUGGUAGCUGUAGCCUCUGAUUUAUAUACGAUUUCAUUGUACGUCAUUGCACUACAGAACAUUGAGUUCUUACUCUGGUAUUGUUUUGCAAUCACUUUCCAUAAACAAUAGAUACAGCUAACAUUUACCUUGAAGGUCUUGUGAGAGUGUAUAGUAUGCAAGGAAUUACCCCGAGAUGGUAAGAACUUGUGUGUGAUGUGAUUAGAAGUAGGCUUUGCUAAAGGAUGAGCCUACGUUUACGUUGCAUUAUCUUAUGAUCUGUUUGUGCUAUCAUUUCAACUCCAGUUCAUGCCAAUGAGUGUGACAAGGAGUUGACAUGAUGAUAGACUGGUCCCAGAUCAGUUUUUGCUAUCUUGGACAACAAAUCUCAAAAGCUUGUAGGCCUAUUGCAUGAAAACAUGUUGGCUAUUUUCUUGCUCAGCAGCUUGUAUUGAGUUGAUUCCUUGGGCAGCAGAUAAAAAAAUAAAAAUUUCACUCUAAAACAGAAGGCAAUAAAUGAUGAACUCUCACAAUGAGAUACAGCUAUAUAAGACGGUUGGUAGUUAAACGAAAUAACGAUACUUCCUCUAAAGCAAUUUCCUCUUUAAUGCACUUGCCGUGUUCAUAGUUUCUUCUGCCAAGCAGUAGGAGACGAUGGCCAUAUUGUCUUAGACUGAGGCUUUGACUCUUCCAUUGAUUUAAACAACUUAAAAUGCUAUGUCUUGUCUAGGGUAUCUUGCAAUAGAGAUUUUAUGUCAAUCAGAUUAACCUGGAUAAAGGUUAGGCCUGAACAAAAAUAUAAACGCAACAUGCAACAAUUUGAAAGAUUUUACUGAGUUACAGUUCAUAUAAGGAAAUCAGUCAAUUGAAAUAAAUUCAUUAGGCAUUAGGCCCUAAUCUAUGGAUUUCACAUGACUGGGAAUACAGAUAUGCAUCUGUUUGGCCACAUAUACAGUGCCUUUGGAAAGUAUUCAGACCCGUUGACUUUUUACACAUUUUGUUAGGUUACAGCCUUAUUCUAAAAUUGAUUAAAUUGCUUUUUUCCCCUCAUCAAUCUACACACAAUACCCCAUAAUGACAAAGCAAAAACAGGUUUAGAAAUUAUUGCUAAUUUAUUCAAAAUAAAAACUAAAAUAUCUCAUUUACAUAAGUAUUCAGACCAUUUACUCAGUACUUUGUUGAAGCACCUUUGGCAGCGAUUACAGCCUCAAGUCUUCUUGGUGACGUGACUUUCAUUAAUAUGAUGACUGUUAUUUAUCGAAUUAACUAACUGUUUAAUUGUUACUCAAUUAAAUUAAUAAUGUAACAAUUAACUCAUUAGGAUUUGAUGGCCCCGCCGCGGAAUAAGUUGUUUAUAGAGUUAACAUCUCCCAAAUUAAACUCUAAAAGGUCUUUACCUAUCAAUAUGUAUAAAACAGUCAACGUAUCAAUCAUUACCUCUUAUCAGUCGUCAUUCUGAAUGGUCGCAGAAUUCUUGGAUCCGCAAGAACCCCAGCUUUUACUUAUGAUUCAGCACUACACAAAUUGUCUUUCAUUAUUUAUUUACUAGCUAACUAAAUAAUAACACAGAAUACAUACAUUCUUAAUACAUGAGAAAAAGUCCCUAGUGGACUAACAGCAUGACUGCUUGGUUAUCAAAAGAGGGUGGGGUAAGGAAGAGAGGGAGAGACAAAGAGAGAGUCAAACUUAUCGUUGAUACAUUUGGAAGCUACCCUCAGUAAUCAUAAUACUACCAGAAAGCGUGGAGACGGUAGUCCAUUUGAAACGUGAGGACUACCGUCUCCAUGCUUUCUGGUCUAACCAUUUAAAGCUGUGUAGCCACAGCUCCACACUUUCUGGUCUAGUGUAAAUUUCAUUACCAAGGCUUUUUAUACACACUGGUAAAAGGGACGUUCCUACUUGCUGACACGGUCUCUGAGCUCACUUGGGGCGUGUCUAGUCACCUUGCAUAGCUUAUAUGAAAACCUAUGAUCUCAUUAGAAAACUAAAAUCACAUUGCUAUCUUAACAAAAAUACUCUCGUAAUUCUCCAUAUUAUAUACACAACAUAUUGGAUGUAAACUUGACAGAUAGUGUGUAUAGUUUCCAAAUUACAGUAUUUUCGUUAAGAUUUUUAAUGACAUCACAAAAUAAUAAACAAUAUGACAUGAUUAGUCUUUAGAUCCCCACUGACUAUUCCAAACAUUCGGACGUUAGGAGUAUUGUUUACUUUUUUGGACGUAAAAGUUUUGGCGGCAAAAGUCUUCUGGAGACAAAGCACAUUCCUUUCACCAUACUAGAGGGCAAGAGAGAGAUUCUCCUCCUCUCUAAUUUAUGGCAGUGUGUUAAGGUGUCAACUCUUCUGUGGGUGAGAGGGUCUGGUUGUUGUCAGCCAUUUGCCAAGCUGAUCUGAGGCCUUUGAUCCUCACCCAGGAGAGUCAUGAAAUUGGGUAUAUCGCUACAAGCUUGGCACACCUGUAUUUGAGGAGUUUCUCCCAUUCUUCUCUCAGAUCGUCUCAAGCUCUGUCAGGUUGGAUGGGGAGCGUUGCUGCACAGCUAUUUUCAGGUCUCUCCAGAGCCGUUAGAUCGGGUUCAAGUCCGGGCUCUGGCUGGGCCAUUCAAGGACAUUCAGAGACUUGUCCCGAAGCCACUCCUGCGCUGUCUUGGCUGUGUGCUUAGGGUCGUUGUUCUGUUGGAAGGCGAACCUUCACCCCAGUCUGAGGUCCGGAGCACUCUGGAGCAGGUUUUCAUCAAGGAGCUCUCUGUACUUUGCUCUGUUCAUCUUUCCCUCAAUCUUGACUAGUUUGCCAGUCCCUGCCGCUGAAAAUAUCCCCACAGCAUGAUGCUGCCACCACCAUGCUUCACCGUAGGGAUGGUGCCAGGUUUCCUCCAGACGUGACGCUUAGCAUUCAGGCCAAAGAGUUCAAUCUUGGUUUCAUCAGACCAGAGAAUCUUGUUUCUCAUGGUGUGAGUCUUUAGGUGCCUAUUGGCAAACUCCAAGCGGGCUGUCAUGUGCCUUUUUACUGAGGAGUGGCACAUUCCUUCCGGCCACUCUACCAUAAAGGCCUGAUUUAGUGGAGUGCUGCAGAGAUGGUUGUCCUUCUGGAAGGUUCUCCCAUCUCUACAGAGGAACUCUACAGCUCUGUUAGAGUGACCAUCGGGUUCUUGGUCACCUCCCUGACUAAGGCCCUUCUCCCCUGAUUGCUCAGUUUGGCUGGGCGGCCAGGUCUAGGAAGAGUAUUGGUGGUUCCAAACUUCUUCCAUUUAAAAAUGAUGGCGGCCACUGUGUUCUUUGGGACCUUCAAUGCUGCAGAAAUGUUUUGGUACCCUUCCCCAGAUCUGUGCCACGAUAUAAUCCUGUCUCGGAGCUCUAAGGACAAUUAUUUUCGACCGCAUGGCUUGGUUUUUGCUCUGACAUACACUGUCAACUGUGAGACCUUAUAUAGACAGGUGUGUGCCUUUCCAAAUCAUUUCCAAUCAAUUGAAUUUAUCACAGGUGGACUCCAAUCAAGUUGUAGAAACAUCUCAAGGUUGAUCAAUGUAAACAGAAUGCACCUGAGCUCAAUUUCGAGUCUCAUAGCAAAGGGUCUGAAUACUUAUGUAAAUAAUGUAUUUCUGUUUUUUUAUUUUUGAUAAAUUAGCAACAAUUUCUAACAACCUGUUUUCAUUUUGUCAUUAUGGGGUAUUGUGUGUAGAUUGCUGAGGAUUUGUAUUUAUUUAAUCCAUUUUAGAAUAAGGCUGUAACGUAACAAAAUGUGGAAAAGGUCUUAAUACUUUCCGAAGGCACUGUACCUAAAAAAAUUAAAUAAAAAGGUAGGGGCGUGGAUCAGAAAACCAGUCCGUAUCUGGUGUGACGACCAUUUGCCUCAUGCAGCGCGACACAGCUCCUUCGCAUAGAGUUUAUCAGGGUGUUAAUUGUGGCCUGUAGAAUGUUGUCCCACUCCUCUUCAAUGAAAUAAGCUUUUUGUGCGUAUGGAACAUUUCUGGGAUCAUUUAUUUCAGCUCAUGAAACAUGGGACCAACACUUUACAUGUUGCAUUUAUAUUUUUGUUCAGUAUAGAAUAUAAUAAAAUGCUAUAUCUAAUGCAAUGCUUUUGAAGACUGCCUCAGUCCAUUUUCCAUACAUCUGAGUAAGCAAGGACCAAAUCGACUUCACUAUUGACUUGUUUGGUGUCUAUUUCAGGCAUGAGCUGAUUGAUUAUUCACAGGCGAAGCGUUUGCAAUGCUAGCUCCAGGGGCCUUAUAGGAUUAGCGUUGGCACAUGGCAAUGUAUUUACCUUAUUAGAAUGACUUGGUUUACAACUGCCGCUCUCUCUCUCUCUUUAUCUUGUUUGCGCUCUUUCCCUCGCUCUCUUUUGUUGCCUUUCUUUCUCUUUUGUAUCUCUUUCAACUCUCUCCCUCUUUCAACUCUCUUUCAACUCCUCUCUCUCGCUCCCCCCCCAAACAGGGAACUCAUUGAACGCAGUGAGCAGAUCCCCAGUCGAAGGGGAUAAGAGGGUGGAGCAGCCCAGAGUGGAGUCCAGCCCAGAGAGGUAAGAACUGAACACCACUCUCCUCUCUCUGACAGUGGUAUGCAAAUGGAUUGGUACUUGAAGAAGGGGAAAAGGACCAGUGUGCCAAAUUGGAUUUCUCCCCUAACCCCUGUCCUGUAUUGAGGACAUUGAAAUGUAGCCACACUGCAGAGCUACAGAGUCUGUUACCUCUAUGCCUUUACUGCAUGUGUUGCCUACAUUAGGCCCCCCUUGACUCUAUUACUAAAUCCCUGUAUAAUGUCUCUCACAACAUUAGCUUCCAGCCAGGCUAAAGAACAUGACUUAAGAAAAAAACACACCCACAACACAAACUAUCUUGGACAUUAAAUAAUGAUAGCCUAACUGUAUCUCUGGAUAAGAAAGAACUUGAUGCCAAGUGCAAACACACUCUUGUGAUACCUUUAGUUGGUUUAGUCUGAAACGAGAUAUGUAGUGUUAGUAGAUGUCAUACUAAUACAGUAGGAAAGGAGUGUAACUACAUUUCUAUUUUUGGUCUGAGUCUGACACUCCUGUCCCUCCACCCCGACCGUCUUAUAUUGACAUUUUGUCAUUUAGCAUACGUUCUUAUCUAGAGCGACCUACCAUCAGUGCAUUCAACUAAGGUAGCUAAAACCUUCCAUCUUGUGGGCCCUGCAGCCAAGGGAAAGUGAAGCGUGAGGGCUGGAAUGAGUUGAAGCGUGAGGGCAGGGAUGACCUGGUACGCCACUCCAGCCACACAGCUUCCAACAAAGCCACAAUGCUGGCAAUGCCGCAGUUUGGCCUGCGCGACAACCUCAUCCGCUGUGAGCUGCUCAAGAACGAGGACAUCUACACCUACCUGGAGAAUUUCAGGUAACCCCCUGCCUCUGUCCCUAUCAAAGUCACUGUAGCAUGUAUUCUUAUACCCUUUUCAUGUUGCCAAGCUGUGCUGAGCUAUACUGUGCUGGACUGGUUAGGCGUCCACCAUUACUGGAACAGUGACUAGCCCGCUACUCUAUUGCCUGAUUCACACUAAGGCCAAGCCAACCUGUACUGCGCUGGUCUGGUUACACAUCCAGUUGCUGGAAAGGAAAAUGUUAAAAUAAAUAUCCCAGCUACCACAGUUUGCCUGGGUUGGCACAAUAGUGGCUUAUUGCUUUUAUAAACUGGUUACCAACUUAAUUAGAGCAGUAAAAAGAAAUGUUUUGUCAUACCUGUCGUAUACGGUCUGAUAUAUCAUGACUGUCAGCCAAUCAGCAUUCAGGGCUCGAACCACCCAGUUUGUAUUUGUAGCUAUCCAACUUCUACUAUGCAAACCAACAUCGAUGACUCAUCACAAUUAUCAAGAUCAACAGUCAUACCGCAAGCUACAGGGUUGACACAUUUAGCAGUAAACAGGAUGUCAGUGUAGAGUUGUGAAAACGCAUCUCAUAACUAGAACUGACAAAGUAAAGAAUUGUCAAUUUCCAUGUAAUGUUGAAGGAAAUGGUUGCUCUUGAAUUACUACUAUCCAAACUCAAAGUAAUUCAUUUCUAAUGCAGGUUUUAAGCAAAAAGGUUUUACAAAUGUCAUUGUGAUAACAAGCUUUGGUAAUGUCCCAAUAAUCUCUCCACCCAAAGUGUGCACUUGUACAAUUCCCUUCACGAACUUGAAAGUAAAUGACUGGUAUAUGGAAACUCCUUCUAGCCCAUGUCUACACCAAUCCAAUGCUUUUACAUUUGUGGGGAGUAGUGAACAAGUACACAUUUCAGGAGGAAGAAGAGAUUAUUGGUACGCAGGAUGUUUGUACAGAUGCCACGAUAACAAGUACAGAAAAGUACAGAACAUGGGCCGUGUCAUGAUGACAAGUGAUUCAUAUACUACACUGCCCUCUGGUGGUGGACACACACACAGCUCUGUGAAGUGUUUAGGUUCUUGCUGCCCAUCGCACCAUCUGAAGGGGCUUGCUAAGGUCAUGUCUUUGCCAGACACCCUCACAGUUCACCAGUUACGCCUAUAUUAGGCAGUGUUAGGCUUUGCUCCUGCUCUCUGACUUUGUACUUACCACUCUCUCUCUGUCGCUCUCUCUCCCUAUCUCUCUGUCGCUCUCUCUCUCUCCAUCUCUCAGUUUCUUCCUAGGCACUUACAAUGUGAACGGCCAAACCCCCAAAGAAACCCUCCGUCCCUGGCUGGGCUCCACAUCCACUCCCCCUGACAUGUACUGCGUGGGGUAAGUCCCAUCCCAUCCACCCAGGCAUUACAAAUCAAUUCCCCUCUAAAUCCAUAGCCCACAUAGACACUGACUAUACCGUCUGAGACCCCACUACAAGAGGAUGAAUUAAGUCAUAGAUUGUGUGUUGAGUGGUAGGACUGUCUUAGUUGCUACAGCAGCAACAGAGCCAAUUCAGCCAAACCUCUGUGCACGACUAGUCUUGUGGUGGUGCAGAUUUUUUUUUAAAUCUCUAAUCUGCGAAUUAGGAACUUUAACACAAGGUUUUCAACCGUAGAAGAGACAGUCAGUUGAGAAGAGAGGAGUUAUGCUCUCCUGGGUCAUGUUUAUCAGGGCACACUGUCGCAAAAUGUUUUGCAACGGAAAACAAAACUGAGCAUAAAUUGGUUACCUUUGGCUAGUACCUCCCCCUUUUCUUCCGUUCCGUGCCUACUGAACAUGACCCUGUGUUGCAGGUUCCAGGAGCUCGACCUGAGCAAGGAGGCCUUCUUCUUCAACGACACGCCCAAGGAGACCGAGUGGAUGAAGGCUGUGUCUGAGGGGCUGCAUCCAGACGCCAAGUACGCCUUAGUAAGAACCUCCUUCUCCUUCAGUUAACCACUGACCACUUGUUAUGCCCAGUCUCGCUACUGCCACAAGGUUGUGUGUCCUAAUACUAAUGUAAAAAUGGCUAGCUGGAGCCGGCUGUAGAUCCCCUCACCCACUAGUGACUUAAUGCUGACUCUACUUUAGUCUGACCCACUACAGGCGGUCUGGCAAGAACCAGGCAGAUGUGUCCAUAUCCAGAGUUGUAUUCUUUAGUUCACUACCACACACAAAUUAUCUUGUGGUUCUAUGAAAGAAAGGAAAUUAACAACUGGUAAUGCAGCUAUACAAUCAGGUCUGUACAUAGCAUAGAUAACAUAGCAUUACACACAUAGUAACACAGUAGGCCUACUACAGAUGCAUAUCAGUGGCGAGAGGGGCUAAUCACUGAUGAGGCUAGCUGACAGUCAGGAUUUAUGGCGCUGUCUCUCCAACCAGCUAGAGAUCUUAUUUACAUUUACAUUUUAGUCAUUUAGCAGACGCUCUUAUCCAGAGCGACUUACAGUUAGUGAGUGCAUACAUUUUCAUACUGGCCCCCCGUGGGAACCGAACCCACAACCCUGACGUUGCAAGCGCCAUGCUCUACCAACUGAGCUACACGGGGCCCCUCCUAAAAUCAGAUAAGAUUUGCUUACUUACUAGGCCAAAGCCAUAAAUCAAGUGCACAUGCUCGAGUGCACCAGGCUUUCUAGAAUCUUCCACAACUUAUUUUAGCUUGAAUAUAACACACUCUCUUGCAGUAGUUGAAACAUGCACUUAAUACUCGUGAUAAUAGCUACAAACAUACAAUAGUUACAGUGGCUGGCAGUUCUGUAAUUAGACAACAUGCAUGAGGUAAACAGGUAAACAAUGCUACCAGCUGGCGACAGAACAAAUGUACAUAAGUAACAAGAUAAUCGACUCUAGCAAGUUGUCGGUAGCAUGCAUUAAUCAUCAUAAACAAUCCCCGACAAUAUAAGGGCCCAACUUUCAUUGUGGAUGCACGCACAAACACUUCUAGAAAGCACACUGAAAACUUGUUCCCCAGCCAAACUUUGCUUCCAUAUCGGCUGAAGAUGAUAACCACUCUGAGCUAGAGUGGGAGGGGUCCAUUCGGAUUCAAAUGUCCAUUUGGGCACACUGAUUGGCUGAAACCAAGAGGCUGUGAUAAACUGCUGAGAAGGGGAGAAAUCACCCUAAUGGGUCUGUGGGAAAAGUUACAUGCAUGUUUCUUUUUUUACAACUAAGGCCCUGUUUGAAUACUCCAAAAACGCAUCCCUCCUUCCUUCCUUCCUUAAAAUAAAACAAUCACAGAUGUGGGAGGGUUGGAUUGUUAAAAGAGUUGGGUGCUAAUUUUUCUUUCACUUAUCCGAGCACAUGCAUGGCAGUGAUUACCUCAAGUCAGUGAGGAAGGAAGGAUGCAUGUAGUCACAGUUGGUACAAUUGAGUGUCGCUGUACUACAGAUGUUUCCAAAGCAAAGUGGUAUGAUGUUGUAAUGACUUAUUUGCUUCCCUUUAAAGUGUGGUUUUGUAAACCUGGUGAAAGCUUGUACAUGAGCUUCUUUCUUAUUCUGAUCUUCUUUUUAUCAAGGCCUAUUUCCCCUUUUUAUAAAUUGCCUACUCAAGCCAAACUGCUUCUUCCUCUUUUAACAGCUCGUAAAGAUUUUCUCCCUCAACCACCCAGUAUGAUGACUUGUCAUUUGUCAGUCCUCUGUCGCUGGUGUGAAUUUAGCACACUUGGUUGCUUCAUAAUUGACAUAGCAUAGGGAAAGAGUCUGUGAAAUGGCUGGUUUCACAUUAAUAUGGAAAUGUUGUGUUAUAUCCUACUUAGGUUUGUAGCCUUGACAGGAUUAAAUGUGGAACAAUCUGACUGUUAGCAAUUUAGCAUUUUUGCUCCUGCAGUAUUGACAUAAACCAGGGGUGUCAAACUCAUUUUAGCUCAGGGGCCACAUGGAGGAAAAUCUAUUCCCAAGUGGGCCGGACCGGAAAAAUCAUGGUGUGUAUAUAUAACUUAAAAACAACAACUUCAGAUUGUUUUCUUUGUUUUAAUACGAUCAGCAUACAACAUAAAGCUGGAGCCUGAGGACAGUGUGUCCAAAAUAGUACAAGCACAACAUCACUAUUAAUCAUAAAACAGGUCAAGUUUAUUUGAAAAUUCUAAAGAAAAAGAACACACAAACACACAAUGCCUCAGUGAUUAACAGAACUGUUUCACAGAUCACAGAACUAUAUCAGGGUGUCAUUUCUCAGGCAGAAAUGUAGAUACAAAUAAUGACAUCCUGUUCCCCAAACAAGUGCAAGAACCACAGAGUCAAGAAUAGGUUAAAUAUACAAAUACAAUAAAAUCAAUUAAAAACAAUAGCACAUCAACAUAAAAACAUAUAAACAUAAAGCUGGAGCCUGAGGACAGUGUCCAAAAGCACAACAUCACUAUUAAUCAUAAAACACCUCAAGUUAUUUGAAAGUUCUGAGGACAAAGAACACACAAACACACAAUGCCUCAGUGAUUCACAGAAGUAUAUCACAGAUCACAGAACUAUAUCAGGGUGUCAUUUCUCAGGCAGAAAUGUAGAUACAAAUAAUGAAAUCCUGUUCCCCAAACAAGUGCAAGAACCACAGAGUCAAGAAUAGGUUAAAUAUACAAAUAAAAUAAAAUCAAUUAAAAACAAUAGCACAUCAACAUAAAAACAUAUAAACAUAAAUCUGAAAGCGUUGCUCAAACUCCCGUAACAGUCCCGUUAUUUUAUCUUUGAACCGCUUCAUGUCUGCCACAUGUUGGGUCGUGCACACAUUUUUCAGACAGGGGAAGUGAGCUGCAUCACCACCGGCAAGUUGCGUCUCCCACAAUGACAGCUUCAACUUGAAAGAACGUAUGCUGUCAUAAUACUGCGUGACAACUUUGUUGCGCCCUUGCAGCUGUUUGUUCAAGUUAUUCAGGUGCUCUGUAACAUCCACCAUAAAUGCAAGGUCCGGCAGGCAUCCAUUCUGCGGAAUGAAAUUCUAACACUGGUUUGCCCUUUUCUUCCAUGAACUGUUCAAUUUCUUCUCGUAAAUCAAAGAAACGCCUCAGCACAGCACCUCGGCUUAACCAUCUUACCUCAGUGUGGUAUGGCAGGCCAUAGAUGUGGUCUUUCUCUCUGAGAAGGCUGUCAAACUGACGGUGAUUCAGGCUUCUGGAUCGGAUGAAAUUAACAGUUUGGAUGACCACCUUCAUGACGUUAUCCAUCUUUAAUGACUUGCAACACAAAGCCUCCUGGUGCAAAAUACAGUGAAAAGUCAAAAAAUCACGUCCUCCAUUUGCAGAUUGCACUUUCUCUCUGAACUUUGUCACAACGCCUGCUUUUUUCCCGAUCAUUGAGGGCGCACCAUCUGUAGCCAGGCUGACAGCGCGGGACCAGUCCACUCCGACCCUGUCCAGCGCGCCGACGAGUGCGGUAAAAAUAUCAGCUGCUGUCGUUGUAUCUGUCAUCGGCACCAACUCCACGAACUCCUCAGUGACGGUCAAUGUGUCAUCAACUCCGCGGGUGAAAAAAUGGCCAGUUGUGCAACAUCUGUAAUGUCCGUGCUUUCAUCAAUUGCAACCGAAAACGCAAUAAAUGACUUUACUUUUUGCUUCAACUGGCUGUCCAAAUCCAUUGAAAGAUCGGAAAUCCUGUCUGCAACUGUGUUUCUUGUCAGGCUGAUAUUUGCAAAAGCCUGCCGCUUUUCAGGGCACACAAUCUCCGCUGCCUUCAUCAUGCAUGUUUUUACAAAUUCACCCUCACUAAAUGGUUUUGAAGCCACUGCGAUUUCAUUAGCAAUGAGGUAGCUAGCUUUCACUGCAGCGUCACUGAUGUCUCGGCUGUGAGUAAACACAGACUGCUGUUUCUUCAGACCCGCCAACAGUUCAUUCACCUUCUCUCAUCUCCGCUGUCCUUGAAAGUUGUCAUAUUUGUCGGCAUGAAGACUCACAUAGUGGCGACGACGGUUAUAUACUUUCAGCACUGCAACAUGCUCUGAACACACCAAACAUACAGCUUUCCCAUUCAAUUCCGUGAUUAAAUAGGAUGACCAUUUUUCAUGGAACACUCUGCACUCUGCGUCCACUUUUCUCUUUUUUGACAGAGACAUAUUGGGGCAAUGAGGGUGCCAAAGCACAUAAUGUUAAAAGUAGAAGCCGUAAUAAAUAUCGCGGGCAAAACAAAGUAGCUCAUUGGCUGCACGUGCUUGACCUACUUGGUCUGCCCCGGUAUAAACAGUUUGCUUGCUUAACACAAUUGCUAUUGCGCCAUCCAGUGGACGCAAUUGGAACAGCAGUUUAUUUUAUUGAAAAAUUGCAGCGCAUUUUUAUACUUUACAAUUAUUAUAUAUUUUUUUAUCAUCUCGCGGGCCGGAUUAAACCCGUUUGCGGGCCUAAUCCGGCCCGCAGGCCGUACGUUUGACACCCCUGACAUAAACAAUACUGCAUCUUCUUGUAUGCCACUUCACUGCUGUCCUCCUGACCAGAUCUCUAUUGUUUACCCUUUCCGCUAACACUACCUGAACAACCAUAGGUGUUUCCUAUACAGCCCAAACACAUCUAGGAUUGGGCUAAUGCUUGACCAGUGUAUUGUUCUUUAUGUGACCUAUGACCCCUGUGUAACCCUACAGGUGAAACUGGUUCGUCUGGUGGGCAUCAUGCUGCUGUUCUAUGUGAAGAAUGAGCACGCCAAGCACAUCUCUGAGAUGGAGGCAGAGACCGUGGGCACAGGCAUCAUGGGUAGAAUGGUAGGUGGUGUGUGUGUAUGUGUCCAGUGAGGGUGUAGUAGGAGUAGAUAUCCUUGGCCACUAAGCGGGCUGUAAUCAAUUUCUUAGCAGUCUUGGCAGUUUAGGGCAGGAGGUUCGCUGGCGUCCGCUAGUUUCAUUUAGCUUCCAUUUUGCAGUUGGAUAAGGAGUUAUAUUGCACUACAACCCCUUCUACCAACAAACUUUACUUCUACCAGGGUUUAGAAAACCAGUUUUCUCACAUUAUAGCCCCAAAUACACCAGACUUGGAACCCAGGUAUGCUUGCAAAACACAUGUACGCCUCCUGAUGUGGUACAAUAGUAAAACAUUGGAUUUCCUAUUGUUCAUAGUGCAAUUAUUUGUAUACCAAAAGCUGUAGCAGGAUAGCUAACGCUAAAGUCGGGACAUUGACAAAUUUAACAGUGAGUGAGUGAUGACCCUGAAAACACACAAGACUGAUGGCUAUAGCUAUGUUCAACAGGUUUAUUUAUCUAGUUGUGAUAUUCUACCUUGCCUCGCAGGCUUGCUAGCUUGCUAGGUAAUGAAUCCUCUGAUGACAUCUGUGAUGUUGUAGACGAUAACCAUCUGAUUCCGUGUUUGUUAACUUGCACAAGCUGCAUUUGAAGUUGCAUGUGAUCGUAUCCACUGCUAGGUAAACAAAGCUUUUUCUGAAACAGUACUGCUUGUGCAACUUUUCAUGAUGCAGCAGGGAAAUGGUUCUAUAGGGCACACAAUGUAAAAGUUUUACAAACCUCUCUCCUCAGGGAAACAAAGGUGCCGUGGCCAUCCGCUUCCGCUUCCACAACUCUGACAUCUGCGUGGUCAACUCCCACUUGGCCGCCCACAUCGAGGAGUACGAGAGGCGCAACCAGGACUACAAGGACAUCUGCAGCAGGCUGCUGUUCCACCAGAAUGACCCCGCCAUGGCCCCACUCACCAUCUUGAAGCACAAGUAUGAACAAGUCUUUAGUGCAAAGCAGUAUUUCCACUUUUCAGGGUUGUGUUCAUUAGGGCAUGAACGUUUUAAAAUGUUUUGGAACUAAAACGUUUCUUAUUGGAUAUGUUUUGGGUCGUAUUCAUUAUGGCAAACAUUGAUAAUAUUUCGCAAAGGAAAACAAAAAUGAGUGUUUCUUAUUGGAUGAGUCCAGUUUUGUUAUUUGGUGCCUAAUGAACAGGACCCUGGAUUUGGUAGUUGUGGUGGUACAUCAUCCUUUGUAUUUAUUCCGGCAUGGUGCCAUUUGCUGAAGGGCACAAAAUAGGGAAUUUAUUAUGUAAACCUUUGAUCACAAGACCAGUGCACCUUGCCAAUUUCACAUGACUUUAUAAUGACUUACAUGAAUGCUUGAAAUUAAUGCAGUGUUUGGAUGCAGUCGUAGAAUGGGAUGAGUUCUAGAACCACAUGCAAAGCCACCGCCACGAUUUUCCAUAUUGAAAUAGAAUUAUAGAAGAGUAGUUAUAUUUCUAUUAUUUUCCAUAUUAUCAAUGCAUCAUAUAAUCCUUGUUUACAGUGUGGUCCUAUGGCUGGGAGAUCUCAACUACAGGCUAAGUGACCUUGACAUCGACCAUGUGAAGGACUUAAUCGCCAAGAAGGAUUUUGAAACGCUGCACAGUUAUGACCAGGUAGGUCAUCUCAAGCCGCUUAACUUCAAGCCAUUUAAAAGUCUACUUCUGGCGUGCGUUCAGUAGGCAAAUGUUGCGGAACGUUGCAGAUAGAAAUGUCAUGAAUAGAGCUGACAUGAAUCCUUACUCUAUAUGUCAGACAGGCAUGUUUCUUCUACGUAAUAUCUGAACGUUACGCAACAUUGUUCCCAGGGUCAUAUUCAUUAGGCACCAAACGUAAGAAAACUGAUCUGAAACAGGGAGGUACUACCUGACAUUGUCCAAUCAGAAACACUAAUUUUCCGUUGCAAAACGUUUUGCUACAUUAUGCCCUAAUGAAUAAGACCCUGCUAAUCUCUGUGUUCAGUGCCAGUCACAUUAUACCCUGAUGAGUGUGGGAGUUGUCACGCUGUCUUGUUGUGGCUCUGUGGUCCUCAGCUGAAGAGGCAGAUCGAUGAGGAGGCUGUUUUCGUGGGCUUUGUGGAGGGAGAAAUCUGCUUCCUGCCCACUUACAAAUACGACACCGGCUCCGACCAAUGGGACACAAGGUAACUUCUCCUCUCUAAAUGUCUAGGAUUAUCUAUAAAGGCAAUGGAGAAAACAAUAAUACUUUACUAAAAGCCUGCAGAUAUAUUGCAUUAUAAUGCCGUUUAUAAUGCAUCGUAAGAACAUGUAUGAACCCCUUAUAAUGUCUUAUGGUUGUCGCAUAAUGAGCCUGAAUAAGGCGUUUUGAGUUGGAAUAUUGAUACAUAGGGAGACAGAACAUAUAAGCCUUAUUAUAAUGCAUUACAAAGGCUCAUGCAUUCUUAUAAUAUGUUUUAAAGCAAUAUAGCUGCAGAAUAAAGUGUUACAAAACUCUUAAAUAUCUUAUUGCGUGGAAUUCGUCUCCGAAAUGUCUUAGUUUCAUGUUUCACGCCCUCAGUGAAAAGUGUCGCGUGCCGGCGUGGUGCGAUCGGAUCCUGUGGCGAGGCAAGAAUGUGCGGCAGCUGCACUACCAGAGUCACAUGGCCCUGAAGACCAGCGACCACAAGCCAGUCAGCUCCUUGCUGGAGAUAGGGGUGAGAAUGAGUUUUCUCCAUCUGUCCUUUGACCUCUUAGAGACCAUGAGGUUUUGGUUGGUUUACCCUGGGGGUCAUAACCAAAGAUUCUUAUAGCUAACCCAAGAUUGUUCAGAUGGGCCUUUUACAAUCUUAGUCACGCUAUGGGGCAGAGCAAGCAAGGAGGUGGGCAGAGUUUCAUCUUGCUCCAUCCUCUCCCAAUGCCUUGCCACUAGACCUAUCUUUACCAAGUAUGGGAAUUACCUAGUGGAAGUGAGUUUUUAAAAAUCCUUUUGACUAGUCUGAGUUUCCCCCAGAGCCAUAUAUUUAGAGAGUUCAGACAACUUUUAGAAUGGAUGCUUUUGAGCAUUUCAUUUAUCCAUUCAUGACAAGUAUUUGGAUUCUAAUUCUAGAUAUUCUGUUGCAUGGCAUUGUUUAACAUUUUUAAAUAAUGAUAUGCCUCUAGUUUCACCUAUUAAUCUGUGUUCUAACCUCCCUUCUCUGCUGCUUCCUCAGAUCAAGCUGGUGAACGAAGAGUCUUACAAAAAGACAUUUGAGGAAAUUGUGCGCUCGCUGGACAAGAUGGAGAACGAGUGCAUUCCGUCCGUAAUCCUGUCCAGGCGAGAGGUGAGUGGUCAAGAGUUAAGUGAUUCUACUGUGAAUUGUUAUAGAUGAAGAAUAUGUUAACAUUACUCUGGUCUUUUAUAAUACACAAUACAACAUUAUCAGUGAACAUUGACAGCAGCAGGACCUUGUGAACAACGCUUAUGAAUUGAGCUCUGCUCUUUACGAACAGGAGUAAAAUGUAGGGGAAAUGUCUAUGUGCUACUUGUACAAAUGUACAAUUUCUCUUAACAUUUAAACUUUUUUUGUCGUUUAAACAUAAAAAGAAUAAUAAUAUUCUAAUGACCUGAAUUCACAAUUCAGAUGUUGUUCUGUAUAUGACCGCUAGGGGUCAAUGCAGUUCAAUCUACCGCAGUCCUGGAUACCUACAUACCGGUUGUCACUAUUUACCACAGCCACAGAGUCAUAAAGCCAGCCUAUUUGUACAAUUUAUCUUCUUAAAAUUUGAUUUUAAACCUUAACCACACUGCUAACCUUAGUCUAAUCCUAACCUUACAUUAAGUUUUCAUGAAUUUGUACGAUAUAGGCAAUCUUGACUUUGUGGCUGUGGUAACUAGAGGAAACCCUACCAGACGGCGCUCACCUUACUGCUGUCCCCCACUAACAAUGGUAUUAAUGUCGUUUUAAGUUCUCUGUUGUGCCUCUCCUCGACGUUGUCAGUAUGUAGUUCAUGUCCCACUGCUCGUUGCAGUGAUGUAUGACAGUGUGUUCAUAGACGUCCAACAAUCUGUUGUUAAUGCCACAUAUGGGGUGUUUGAGAGCUUGCGCUUUGUACUUGCACUUGCAGAGCAAUUAUUGUACAAUUUGUCCAUCAGGGCCAUCACGGUAUUUCGACAUGUCAUCUUGUAGUCUGGUUCUAGACAUGCCAUUAGGUUAUUGAAGCAGACAUCCUCUACCAUUGGCAAUGGCUGCAUAUCAACUGCAAUCAUUUCUGUAAUCAGCGCUGUGAUUUUUCACACCCCUACUCCCUACCUGUGAAACCAAAUCCAAAUCACUCUCCCUCCCUCCCCAGUUCCACUUCAAAGACGUGAAAUUCAUGCAGCACCAGGCAGAGAGGCUGACCCUCCACAACGACGGGCAGGUCCCGUGCCAGUUUGAGUUCAUCGAGAAGCUGGAUGAGCCCACCUACUGCAAGCCCUGGCUCACCGCCAACCCAGCCAAGGGCUUCAUUGCACAGGGUGAGUGUAGCAGGACUAUGGCCCUAUUCUUUCUUCCAUGUUUUCUUGAGGUAAGCACAUGUAUCAAGGUGUGUCAGCGUAGAAGUGCUGAUCUAGGAUCAGGUCCCCCCCUGUCCAUGUAGUCCAAUUCAUUGUGAUCUCAAAUGUAAUACUGAUCCUACAUUAGCACUCCUACUCUGAGACGUCUGAUACAUACAGCCCCAGAUCUAGAGUUUGGCUGGGUGAAAGCAAGGUUGCCACCCCAUUACUUUCACCAACCUAACUAAUUCAGAUCUGUGAGUACUUCAAGGAAGGUCGGAAGGCAUUUCUGAAGUUUUAGAACAGGGCCUAAGACUUACAUUCAGGAAUGGAUAUCAAUUUAUAUAAGCACCUGGCCUCCCCGCUAUGUUUGACUUAAUGUCAGGAGCUCUAUGACAUAAGAAGCUGUUCUGAAUAAAUGAUAGGUUUGAGUUUUCCCGGUGACUGGAAUUGUUAGAGGCAUUUUUUCAACUCAGUGUUGGCAAGGGAAACAAUUUCAGAUCUGUCUAGCACAAGAGACUUGUAAAUAAUGGAGAGAUCUCAAGGCUUAGGAUGGAAGGAGUGGUGGAUGUGCCUCAGUGCUCUUUGCCUCUCUGGGUCUUGCUGAUACAGUCUAUUUUACAGUUUGUCUCAUUUAGUUCUGAAGUUGUUGAUGUAGUGAUGCAGCUGUAGAUGAAUAGGGUUCCCUUCACACAUUCAUGUACAGUUAGUAAUGCUUAGUGUACAGUACAACCUUUGCUUGUGGUUAGUCAACACCACUUGUCAGCAAGUUUCCACGCAGCACAUGUUCAUAGAGCAGGGUCAUGUUCAUUAGGUCACGCAACAGAAAACAUUUAAAAACGUUUUGAAACAGAACAUUUUGUGUUUCUUAUUGGACAUGUCCAAGUAGUCCCUCCUUCAGUUUGUCAGUGGAGUUUUCUUCCAUUUGAUCCCUAAUGAACACAACCCUGUUAAUCUGUGUCUCAGGGAAUUGAUAAUCAGGAAUUACUGCUUUUCUGACAUUAUCCUCCAUUGAUAAAUCAUUGAAAUAUACCUGAUCCCGUCCUUACGCUGUUCACCAAGGCGGCAAAAUGGACAUCGACCUGGAGGUGUUUGUGAACCGCUCCACCGCCACGGAGCUCAACGCCGGCCGCCAGCAAAUCGAGGACAUCCUGGUGCUCCACCUGGAGCGGGGCAAGGACUACUUCCUCUCUGUGUCGGGCAACUACCUGCCCAGCUGCUUCGGCUCGUCCAUCCAGACCCUGUGCCAGCUGAGGGACCCCAUCCAGGAAAUUCCCCUGGAGACCAUCCGGGAGCUGGUGAGUUCAGUAUAGCCAGCAAGGAGUGUGUUCAUUAUUGUAUAUAUAUUUUGCAAUGGAAAGCAAAAAUGUGCGUUUCUUAUUGGACAAAUUCAUGGUUCCGAGUGAAUACGAACCAGGUGCAGUCUGUUUCCCAUUCUUCCCACUUCUCCAAAAGUGUGCAGUGGUCUGGUACAUUCCCCAUCUUGGAUUUAAAAGCAUUAGAUUGGUGUAGCCUAAGCAUUGGCUGAAGGGAGUUUCCACCAUUGUGAAAUAUGGAGUAUGCAAGUGCACAUGUCCGGAGAAGGGUGGAGAUUCAGGAAUCACAACACCUGACCGUGGCCAGGAAAUGUCCCCCUCUUCAGGGCUGUUUUAUAUGACACUAUUGUCAGGAAAGGCCUUGCCCAGAAUAAAAACAAUUAAAGUGAAAGUGCUCUGGGGGGAUUCUGUCCUGCUGAUAAUUUUUGCAUAAUUUUGUUUUCUAUGUAAAUGCACAGUUAUCUAAAAAUGACCAGGAAGUGUGAAUGUUGAACUAGCUGCAGUCUAUAGUCCCCCAAUUCAUUGAGACUAGAGACAUUUGCACUAAAGAGAGAGACUACAGGGAAAUUCUGUUUGUAAGCUUUUAGUUAUAGCCCCCCAUUUCCUUUUUGUCUUACUAAGCCUACUUCUUAUGUAAAAACAGAAACUGUUUGUAUUGUUUUUGGCACUGUGUGAACCAAAUAGGAGAUUUUGUGUCUGAAGUGGGUUUCCAAGCAGGGAAUCAAAUCACCCAUUGGCCCAGAACACACUGUUGCCAGGGAAGAAUAUCCACAGGGUCAUUAGCGUUGCAAAACAGCAUGGCUGUCAUGUACGAUUGAGCAACCCGCUCCAGUAGCCUCUGCAUUUGUGUUUGAUCUUCAGUCAGUGUUAUGGUAAAACUGACUAGAUGAAAAGAUGAUAGAUUCUGAGAAUAAAGAAGCCCAAAGAUGUCAAGUUUAAUACAAGUCUCACCCUUUUUUAUAUUUGUAUUUAAUUUAAUUAUCUAUCUAUGGCUCGCUAGUUAUUCAUACAGGCAGCAGAAAUAGCUACAGCACAUGUCCUCUCAGGUUAUGUUGUUAAAGAAAGGUUAGGUCCAGGAUUUGAAUCCAUUUCACUAAAUUGUCUAUUUUUCUUGUCUUCUUUCUAAAGACGUUGUCAGGCGAUGAGACCAGCACCUUAAUCAUCGAUAAGCCCCUGGAUAUCCCUAAAGAGAUAUGGCAGAUGGUGGACCACCUAUACCGUAAUGCUCCUAAACAGGUCAGGACUCACACAAAUCUUUUACCAUUUUCACACUACUGAGCCAAACCAAGCUGGGCCCGGUUUCCCAAAAGCGACCUUAAGGUUAAGUUCGUUAGAACCAUUGUUAAAUCUCCGAGUUGUUUCCUAAAACCAUUGGUUAGUAAAGUUGCUCUUGAAAACGCUCGUUAUCUACCGACUGCCUCAGACCAUCGUAGAACAGCUAGGUGCUUCGUUGGAUGCUUUUUUGCCCCUCACUUUAUACACAGAAGAUCUCCGCUAAACAUAGAAUCAAGCUGUUUAUCUGUCUCUCUGCGACCACCGAUAACUUCGGAACGAAGUUGACUACAAAUACAAAGUUGCCAAUGUCUUUACAAUUGAACAAGCAAAGGAUAAAAAUAUGCUUCAAAUGAACUGAGAUGACUGCAUUAAAAAAUAAAUAGGCAUGCAGUAGGCCUAUAGGCUACAUAGGCCUUUACAUUUCAAACAUAUUGAAAUCAAUUUCAUGUUCAGUCAAUUGAGUUCUAUUUGUUGGCUACACUCUGUCAAUUUUGCCUCAAUAUAUUUCAUGAUUUGUAACGUGCUCAAUGAUGUGCCAAAUGAAUCUGUGAUUUAGUGAAUUAUUGUAAGGUAAGGAUUAGAAUAAGCCGCCUCAAUAUUUGCAGCCGUAAGGUGAUAUCUCUCUAGGAGCUGAUCUGUUGUCAGUAUUGUGGAAUAAUUGUAAUGUUAAGGUAAGAUAUGAAUGGAGAAAGCUGAUCAGAGAGCAGCGCUGCCUUUCAUUCGAUCCUAUCAGUAUCGAUGCAUGCUCCAACGGCGCACUUGGUGAAAGUUAUUUCUAUGUGGUGUAGGAACAAUGCAUCUUUAACACACUCAUAAGCCUAAAUUGCAUCGCUAUCGGGAAAACGGGCCCUGAGCUGUACUGGGCUGGCUUUGUUAUGCCUCCACAAUAGUUGUUGCUGCCUGGAAGGGACAAUGUGAAAAGAAAAAAUCAGAACCGUUACAGCUCGGGUCAGAAUCAGGCAUUCGUUUCUUGACGCUACACUAGUUUCCAAGGACAUUGGCUAGUACCUUUUGCCUACUUACCUCCCCUUUCCCAGUUAGUUGCACAGCCUCAAAUAAUUCAAAUUGAGUUGGGCAGCUUUUGGCAUCCUCCCAGCUGUGUGCUUUUUUUUUUACAAGGACAGACAUAUUAGUGUCUUUCACCACAGCAACCCAGCGGAGUGUAAAUAGGAACGUUUGGAAACAUUGUAUUUGUCUCUGGCAACCACCAACAGGCUGGAAUGACUCAACAGAACGGUUUUGUCUCUGUGAUGCCCGGUUUGCUUUUUUGCCAAACCUGGCUCUGUCUGAAUGUUAAGGGCCAAAUAAAUAUAUUUAUUAGUUGAUUAAUUCAAAAAGUGAAAUGUUGCGUUUCAUAAUACUCUACUAUAUUGACAUGAAUACAGCUCUACUGAAUUGUGGCACAGCGUUUCAUACUAUUUAGGUCAUCCCUGAUCAGUUGAAAUGCUGCUCUUUUUGCCGGCUACCUUUCUGUGUGCUUUGAAGUUAUGUGUUUACAGUACAACUCUAUAACCAUUUGUCUCUAUUUCUAGGGGGAACUAUUUCAACAACCUGGGCUCCGCAGUGAAUUUGUGGAGAUAAGGGAUUGCCUUGACACUGGCAUGCCAGACUCGCUCCGUAUCCUUAACAACUGAUAUACACCUGGGUUGUGUUCAUUAGGCAUUAAAUGGAAGAAAAUGGCCUGAAACAGGGAGGGACUACCUGGACAUGUCCAAUAAGAAACGCUCAUUUCAUUUUCUGUUGCAAAACGUUUUCCAUUUUGUGCCUUAAUGGACACAACCCUGGUUAAAUUAAGUCUUAGUGUCUACUCAAUUUUUUAAGUGGUUGAUGCCCCUUGACCCGUGUUGUCCCCUAGCUGGCAGUAACCACUCUGUGGCAGAAGCACUGCUCCUCUUCCUCGAUGCCCUCCCUGAGCCUGUGGUCCCCUUCUCCCUGUACCAGCAGUGCCUGGAGUGCUGCUCCAACACCAGUCAGUGUAAAAAGGUCAGUACCAAUUCAACUCACUCUUUAAAGUAGCCAACAUGACUUUUCUCAGUGCCCCUAUAGUAGGAUAUUCUGUAUGUAAUGAUUGUCUACUAGGUCGUGUUCAUUAGGCUUCAAACGGACUGAAACAGGGAGGGACUACCUGGACUUGUCCAAUAAUACUUUUUAAAAAAUGUUUUCUGUUGCGUGCCCUAAUGAACCCAACCCAGUUGUGGGAAAUUGCCAGUGACUUGCUCUCAUGUUGGGGUGUUUGAACUUGUCUAUGGUGUUGAUUGCUAUUGAGUGAUGUUUUUCUUCAUCCUCAGGUUGUAUCCUCGUUACCUCAGUGCCAUAAAAACGUGUUUAACUAUAUAGCGGCUUUUCUCCGCGAGUUGUUGAAGAAUUCUACACACAAUAGCCUGGAUGUCAACAUUUUAGGUAAGGUGAAAUGGAAAAAUCGUGUAACACAUUUAGCAUUCUUAUCAAACACACAAACAAUUGAGUGAAUUUGUGUUUUGAAAUAGUUAAAAUGAAACUUCAUGGUCUUCUUGACCAGUACCCAAGAGGUUCAAUGUUUACAAAGUCGAGCAGUGCAAGUUUAAGAUCAGAAGCCGUAACAAGGUUUCCUACUUGUUGGUUUCCAUAUGUGUCACAAUAUGCAAUGAAACAAUAAAAAAAACUGUUGCGAUGAAAUGCCUGAUUAUUCCACUGCAUGCAAAUGGUUAUGCUAGCUUGUUUGGAUUUUAUAUUCCAAAAAGGCCAUAGUAGUCUUUCUGUACUGUGAUACUGUGCAUAUGUUUUUUCCUUUUUCACCUUAGGGCAAUCAGAUAUCAUUUAUUUACUUAGUUAAAAAUAUAGCCUAGUAAUGCAAUACUAGCUAUAGCUAUGAUAUUAGCUGUAAUAAUGCUGGGUCCGAUUCUGGAUUUGGUUCCUUUUUCAGUGUAUUCUCCUUUUAAUUUAAUAUUUUAUGAUACAAAAUAAAAAAGCAAAACUAUUUCAUCUUACAUCAAGUGCCAGUUAGUAAUUAUUAUGUUAUUGACAUUGUGCCCUGUGUCAUCCCUCACAGCCACCAUUUUUGCUGCCUUGCUACUGAGGUCACCCACGAAGCAGGACCUUGCAGAGAAGAGGAAGACCCAAGAGUUCUUUGAGCAUUUCCUGGUCCAGGACCUCUCCUGAAUAGAAGAGGGUGCUCCUGCCAUGUCCUACAUGCUGCAAACUAUUUUACACACUAUUGUAGUUUAAAUGUACAACUCAGUAUUUGUAAAACAUGUAAUAUGUUCCUAUUCAUAUAGAUGGCUCUUUGUAUAGGCACACAGUCAGUCAAAUUGAUAAGGCCUACUCUCCUUUGAUUU